AUGGGGAGUGAGGGAGGCGUGGAAGGAGAGGAUGCGGGUGCGACGCCCGAACGGCCGACGCCGCCGGAGGAGGAUGUUAACGACGUGCUUAUGGUCGGCGCGGAGACGGGCAGCGGGAAGACGCUUUCGUACCUGCUUCCGUAUGUGGACGCGGUGCGGAGAGCUCCCGAGGCCCGCCUCAAGGCGAUCGUGCUGGUCCCGUCGCGCGAGCUGUGCUGGCAGGUGGCGGCCUUCCUGAAGGCCUAUUCUGAGGAUGCGCCGCCGCACGUGGUGCUGGCCGGUGGGCACCCGCCGGACGUGGCGGAUAUGGCAAGCGUGCGCGUGGUUAUUGCUACCCCGACCGCACUGCUCAACUACUUCCGCUUCAGCCAGAGACCCGACGCUAGCGAUAAGAUGAUCGUUGUCGACGAGGCGGACAUGCUCCUGUCCGGCAGCUUCUUGAGGGACGUUGAACGCAUAUUGGACCAGCCGGGGAUGAAGCCGUUUGCGACGCGGAAGAAUGGGCCGGUUCGGGCUGUGAAUCGCAAUCGACUGUUGUUUGUUGGCGCGACGUAUCCGCACUGGACUGGAGAUAGGGUUAAGUCUAUCAUCACAUGGAUGCGGAGGCGGUAUCCGGGCGUCAGGGCCGUGCAGACAGAGGAUAUUCAUAAGCGAUCGCGCCGGUUGAGGUCGCGGUGGCGCCAUCUCGAUACGGAGGAGCAGCGGUUAGACGCGCUGCUGGAGGUGUUGGAGAGCGAGACGGGGGAGACGGAUAAGGUCAUGGUGUUUUCAUCCAAGGCGUCGACGUGCGAAAGGGUGCGCGAGGCUGUGGUGACGCGGAUGGGGGAGGGAGCGGUCAGGGACAAGUUUGGGGAGGCGCUUCAGCUGCAUAAGAAUGUGCACUCGGAAGACAGGCAGCAGAACCUGGCCAAGUAUCGAAGCGACGAGGGGCGCUUGCUGUUCUGUACGGAUUUGGGGUCACGCGGGUUAGAUCUUGGCAAUGUGACGCGCAUUGUGGAAUUCGAGUUUGCGACCAACGUCGUCGUGUACUUGCAUCGCAUCGGACGGACCGCGCGCGCUGGGGCGUCGGGUUCGACAGACCAUUUCUAUGAUGACGUCUCAAAACCGCUGGCGGAGGCGAUUCGCGAACGCUCGGAGAAGGAGGGCACAGUCGUGCAAGGGGUGUUUAGUCGUGACAGGUCCUUUAGACGGAAGCUGAAGAAGACGGCUGAGCUGAAGGCAGCUGAAGAAGCCAAUCUUCAGUCAUUGGUGAGGCCGAUGGAUGACGUCGUUAUUGACGAGGUGGAUGCCGAAGAGGCAGAAAGGUUCAACAGAUAAGAGGGCAGUUGAAUUUACGUUCGUACCCUUCUGACAAGGUGGACUGCCGUCAAAAGUUAGUCGUCGAUGGCCUGCAGCUUUACAGUACUGUUUUGCCACGAAGGCAGCAGUUCGAGUUAAUAUCUUUCGAGAAGUACGUAGAACAUGACUAAAGUAUAAAACCCCUGCCCACUCACGUAGUGGAGAGCGCUCAAAGGGAGAAAGUGA